CAUAUUUUGGAUAACCUCAGUGGAAUUUGUAAUUUAGACACACAUCAGAUAUGAUGGCUGUAAUACUUUCUAAACAACAAGUGUUGAAUCUAUGUGAUUAAAAUUGACAGCCAUUCUGUCAACAAAACAACAUUAAAAAAACCAAAGUAUUGUAAUUAAAAAUCGAAUGUUUGAAUCCGACCAAACCCUUGAAUCCCGUCAUCAGUUUCCCAGUUCUCCCGUAGAAACGACUACUACCCACAGUUUUGAGUCCCAGAAGAUGGCUGCCAUAACACUCCUCAUUCUCACAACCCUAUUUGCCUUGGUAAGCUGCGAAAUGGAGUUUCAUAAUUGCUAUCUCAAUUACAGAAGUGACAGAUUAUUUAGGAGCAAUUAUCUCGACACCCUCAUCCCGUCUCUCUCCUCAAACAUCGGCGACGAUGGAUUCUACGCCGCCUCCGAGGGUCCAGCCAACGCAAUUGUGCUAUGCAGAGGCGAUCUCCAGCUGAAUGAGUGUCGAAGUUGUGUCGACGUUGUUGCCAGUGAGAUCGUGCAGCUUUGUGGCAAUCAGUUGCGGGCUAUUAGAUGGCACAUUAACUGCAUGCUCCGGUACUCGGACGAGCCUAUGCUGGGAACCAUGGCAACUACGCCUAAUACAACUGUGUGGAGUGAGCUUAACGUCACCAGCCCCGACAGAUUCAAGGAGGUGCUCGGAGGGCUGAUGGAUGAUCUCCGAGGCGAGGCAGCUUACGGUGGCUCUAGCCUUAAGGCCGCAGCCGGCAAUAGGAGUGGGCCUGAUGGUCAGACUAUUUAUGCAAUGCUGCAGUGCACGCCGGAUUUGUCUAAUGAGAGUUGUGAUAGUUGCUUGAGUCAGGCUGCGCAGCUUAGUCCGGCAUGGUAUCCGAUAGGGGCACGAGUAUACACGCCCAGUUGCAUCAUUCGUUAUGAGAUUUCACCCUUUUACGAUAUAGCUAGGCUUGAAGAACCAAGAAAUCAACCACUGAAACCCUCGCCUUCAGGGAAGAAGAAAGAUGGUAAUAAAACUCGAAACAUCAUCAUUAUUUCAGUUGUUUCAUGUCUAGUACUAGUUGUUUGCAUCGGCAUCUUCAUUAGAAAGAUCAAAAGAAAGCGAAAGCCAAAACGAAGUCUUGAGACUGUUGAUGAUACUACCAGUAUUGACUCUAUACAAUAUGAUUUUGAGAAAAUCAGAGCUGCUACAAAUGACUUCUCCGAAGCUAACAAGCUGGGGGAAGGUGGAUUUGGAGCUGUUUACAGGGGAAAACUUUUAAAUAACCAAGAAAUAGCAGUGAAAAGACUAUCCAGGAAUUCAAGUCAAGGUGAUGUUGAGUUCAAGAAUGAAGUGUUGUUAUUGGUGAAGCUUCAGCAUAAGAAUUUGGUUAGGCUCUUGGGUUUCUCCACACAAGGACAUGAGAGGCUUCUUAUAUAUGAGUUCGUAAGCAACGGGAGCCUAGACCAUUUCAUAUUUGAUCCAAUCAAAGCUUCGAUUUUGGAUUGGGACAAGCGUUACAAAAUCAUACAGGGUAUUUCUAGGGGACUUCUUUACUUGCAUGAAGAUUCUAUGCUCCGGAUUAUUCAUCGUGAUCUCAAAGCAAGCAAUGUCCUUCUUGAUGAGAAGAUGAACCCUAAAAUUUCUGACUUUGGCAUGGCAAGAUUACUCGUUGUUGAUCAAAGUCAAGAUAGAACCAACAGGAUUGUCGGAACUUAUGGAUAUAUGGCACCAGAAUACGCAACUCAUGGCCAAUUUUCUAUCAAGUCAGACGUAUUUAGCUUCGGUGUGCUGGUCUUGGAAUUAGUAAGCGGCAAGGAAAAGACAUUUCUUUUAAAUGAUGAGAAUCCAGAAUAUCUUCUAAGUUAUGCUUGGAGAAAUUGGCGCAUGGGAACAACAACAAAUGUGAUAGAUCCUGUUGUGAGGGCUACUUCUAGUUCCCAACUUGACAUGCUGAGAUGCGUUCACAUUGCUUUGCUAUGUGUUCAAGAAAAUGCAGCCGACAGACCAACAAUGUCUUCAGUUGUUCUAAUGCUCAAUAGCUCUUCCAUAACGUUGGGUAUCCCUUCUCAACCUCCAUUUUAUCUACCCAAUUCAAGAGAGUUGGAAUCCAACACAUCAUCAAGGAGUCAUACAAGGGAACCUACUUCUAAGAAUGAGGUCUCCAUCUCUGAGUUUGGUCCUCGAUAACUUGGAGGAAAUGAAUAGUCAUCAACAUAAGAUGUCUAUUUAUGAAUCUAUGCACAUUGACAACACUUUUUUCUUUCUUAUUUGUGUGCUUGUUACAUAUAUAUCAUGGUUCAAAUGGUUCAGAGUUGUGGUCAAUAUAUAGAUUGAGAUAAUAAAAGCUUGUGUUGGAUGUUUUUUGAUAUACUAUUGUACAUACGAUACAAAUCUAUCUAUGUAUAUAUUAAAAAA